GAAUUGUUGGAUCCUGGGCAAUCACGACAGGAGGCAUGUCCCGAGGUCGGCGUAACACAGGGCCUGGAGACCACCAGUGAAUACCAGGCAGCUAAACUGGUUCCUGCUCAACUAGCCAAGUUGGAACCGGGAACAGGUGCGAUUGACGAUAUCCGCGUAUUGGACAAAGUCAUCAGUCUCCUGUUCGACAACCUGUCUUUGAGAAUGCCCCCUGCCGUUACGCAUGUGAUAUUUGAUGUGGACGGAUUGUUGCUGGACACAGAGGUUGUGUAUACCGCCGCGUCUACCGAAGUUCUAGAUAAGUAUGGACUAAAACUCACGUACGCUGUGAAGCGUAAGCUAAUGGGCAGCAAACCGACAGAAGCCGCGCGGAUUUUGGUCAACGAGCUAUCUGCUCCUUUCACUCCGGAAGAGUGGCACAUUAAAGUACACGAAAAAUUGACACCGGAACGGUGGCAUCAAGUGGCUUGUCUACCGGGUGCUGAAAGAUUAGUCAUGCAUUUGGCCAAGCAUGGCAUCCCUAUGGCUGCGGCUACUGGGUGCGCCAGUAAAGAACUGGGUGAGAAAAUGAAAAAUCACCAAAAUAUUUGGAAAAAAUUGGACCACGCUGUAGCUUCUGGAGACGAUCCGGAAGUUGCUCACGGGAAACCAAAGCCCGACAUCUUUCUCAUUGCCGCGCAAAGAUUUACCAGCCCGCCCAAGAGCAUGGAAACAGUGCUCGUGUUCGAAGAUUCCCCACUUGGUGUGGAAGCCGCUGUCAAAGCAGGCAUGCAAGUCGUUUGGGUAUCACAACCCGAGGAACCGCCAGGAGAUGCCCCCGAAACAAUUGCCCCGGCCGAUCGACAUCGCGUUACCCGUUACCAAAGUUUGUUAGACUUCGAGCCUCAGCGUUUCGGGCUUCCUGCAUUCUAG